CUCCGCAGCAGUUUCUGCAUUCCUUAACAAUUGCUGGAAAGACUGAACAGUUGUAGGAAUUAUUGCCAAAUUCCCUGAUUCAUUACGUGUAAUCCCUGAAAUCUGAUCUGGGUGGGGCUCCGAGAAUACACAUCUUGGAAACAUUGCAAGUACUAAAAGGAAAGUGACGUAAACACCUGUGAAUCCACUGUCCCUUCCCCUUUCCAGCUCUCUCUCCUGCUCACUUCUUGCCAGGAGAGCGUUCUGAGCAGAGAGAAAGCAGACUUCAUUCCCAGGGACACCUUGGAGGCUGUCCUGUUGAAGGGUCCCCAGUGGACCAGGCUCCCAGUGUUCAGCUGCUCUGUUCUUCCAAGGCAGCUCUCACAAUCAGUUUACUUCUGCAAUUCUGAUGAACUACACAAGAGGGGCACUUGCAGCCCCAGGAUGAGGUGGAUGAACAUGGAUAUGAAUUUGCCAAAUGAAAUAUGUUGCAGAACACUGCUCCACAAAGCCUGAGACCACAGACAUCACAAUGAAUCCACUUGAUUCUGGAAAAGAGUAAAGAGAAGAAGUAACUCAUAUAAAGAGCAAGAGCGGGUCAGAUGAUCCAGGAGCCAAUAAAGGGCAGCUAGACUGGAGGGGUAGAGGAAGCAGCUGGACAGAAUCUUGUAGGAUGCCAACCCAGUCUGUAUCUUAAAGGAUAUGACUCAUUUGGUGCCUAAUGUCUUAUGAUGUGACCAGCAGUAGUCCAUGCAGAUGUCAAGAUACUGCACUAAGAAGAAAAGUAGAGCACAGGAAAUUCUGCACUGGAGGACUCAAUUUGGUGGUAUAAUGUUCUCAAAAGAUGAACCUGUUGCUCUCUUAUCUGAUGCUACCACAAUCAUGACCUAUAACACCUCAUGCCAGAUAGACUCAGAGUUCCGAUACACUCUUUUUACCAUCUUCUACAGUGUUAUCUUCAUUCUGGGCUUCAUUGCCAACUGCUAUGUGCUGUGGAUUUUCAGCCGUGUUUACCCUGCAAGGAAACUCAAUGAAAUCAAGAUAAUCAUGGUAAACCUGACAGUAGCUGACCUGCUCUUCUUGGUCACACUGCCCCUGUGGAUCAUUUACUAUUAUAACCGAGGGGACUGGAUCAUGCCGGGAUUUCUGUGCAAUGUGGCAGGCUGGUUAUUUUUUGUUAAUACGUACUGCUCUGUAGCCUUCUUGACAGUCAUCACAUACAACCGAUAUCAGGCAGUGACCAAGCCAAUCAAAGCUGUUCAAUCCAGCACCCGAAGAAAGGGUAUCUACAUCUCAGCAGCUAUCUGGAUUGUGAUAGCAGGCAGCACUUUGUACUACCUUUUUGGCUCUGGCGUUACAGAAGAGAAAAUUGGCUCUAGCAAUGUCACACGGUGUUUUGAGCGCUAUGACAGCACUGGAGACAACAUGUCCAUCCUUGCCAUCCACAUGAUAAUAUGCAUUAUAUUCUAUAUCAUUUUCCUGGUUAUUCUGGGGUUUAAUGGGACCAUUAUCAGGACACUGCUUUCCAAAUCGGCACAGCCUCGACGGAGUGUCCAUGUUAAGCAGAGGGCAUUUUGGAUGGUGUGCACAGUCCUGGCUGUGUUUGUCAUAUGCUUUGUACCUCACCAUCUUAUCCAUCUCCCUUGGACCUUGACAGUCCUAGAAGUGUGGCAGAAGGAAAACUGUCUACUCCGCCAGCGGCUCAAUGAUGCCCAUCAGGUGACUCUGUGUCUGCUGAGUACCAACUGUGUGCUGGACCCCAUAAUUUACUGCUUUCUUACCAAGAAGUUCCGGAAACACCUUUCAGAGAAUUUUAAAAGCAUGAAAGGAAGUCGCAAGUGUUCCAAACAAACCACUGAAAUUGUGAUUGAGGGCACGAUACCCCUCACGCACAUCCCUGGUGCAACUAUCAGAAACUAAUGGGAUCCUACUGUUGACCGAGCUAGCGGAAUUACUGAGAUCAGCAGCUACCUCUCUCCCUAAAAAAAAAAAAAAAAAAAGAACUGAAAUGCACUGGGGGCUGGUAGAAGCACCUUCUGCUAUGAGCAGGAGUUUCAUAGGUAACUAAGUGCGGCUCAACCACUUUGUUUGUCUUUGAGGAAAAAUGUCAUUGACUUUUUUCUCUAGGGAGCUCCAGAAAUCUGAGCAUCUCUGGAAAUACCCAUUAACCCAUCUCAAGUUCUGGCACCACAGACUGGACUCAUCUGUGUAGGUAUGAGCAUAAUGAGAUGCCAACACCAUGGGGCAACUCAGCUUGCCCCUGCCAUGGAACAUAAUACUUGAGUAUCUGAAAGACAGAUCAAUGACUGAACAGACCCCUUAAAAUUCAUGUGAUUUUUCACUACUGGUGCUUUUUGUAUGUCUUGCUACUCAAACGGGUAAUGUUGCUAUGUGCUGUUAAGCAGCUGCUGCAUUCCUCUAAGGUGCUUGCAUAUCUCUGGUAUUGUAGACUGAGUGUAAACUUUAACUCCAUCCAGCACCUUAAACUGGCAAUACCUAACUGUCCUUUUCAUAGUGCACCAGGUUAAAAAGGGCUGAGUGGGGAAUAAUUUGGAACCAGGGACUGAGACUCGGGUGUUCCUCAAGAUGCUAUGAGAUGAGUGAAACUUGGAACUUUAAGGCAGAACUGCUGGAUACAGCUUGAGGUGUAAGCUCAAGCACUGAGUCAAGGGCAAAAGUGCUCCUGCCCCAAAGAAUAUGGCUAUAUUCUGUAUGGGCCCACAGAGAGCUGGCUCUUCUGUAGGUGGCAGACUGUUGCAAAUCAUGGGACACUUCAGUCUCAUAGGCUAACCCUGGAUUGCUUAAUAGUGAAAUUCCCCCUAGCAAAGGAAGUAGAACAGGGUGGGGAACAUGGUUUAGGUGCCACAUGAAUUCAUGGUUUCUCUAUUUUGGAAAAUCUUUGCAGCUGGUAACAGGAAAACAUUAUUUACCACAUUGAAAAUAGGAAAAGAUAUUUAUACUCAUUAAUAGUGAUUUGGUAGUAUCAGCCAGAGGACUGCCAGAUAAGUUUGUGUGGCAGACUCGAAAUGUUUCCAAAUAUAGGGUCACCACUGGUAUCUGAUUUAUGUAAGUAAAAAAAGCUGAAUAAAAUAAGGCAUGCCUUUACUUCCUCUAGGUUAGACUUUUGUAAUGAACUGCUAAAGGCUACCAAUAAAGAGUGUGUUGAUGCUUUUUCUAGAGUUAAUAUAGCACCUAACAGUUAGUAGCGUGAACCAUUCUGAGUUCUUAACACUCAUGCCCAAAGCUGCCAUGUUCAUGUGAACUGAGAUACAAAGCAACAGUGAUGAACUUUAACUCUUCAAGGAUCUGAGAUUUAUCUUCUGGAAGAAUAUCCUCUCAUAUCUAUGAUCCAUUGGGACAAGGAAGAUUGGUUAAGAGCCACUUCCAAUGGGAAGAUGAAGUGAAAGUCCUCAGUUUUUAAAACUUAAUUUAUUUAAUGAAUCCAACUUUAUCAAAUAACACAUUUAAGAUUUAAAAAUACAUCCAAUCCCCUUAUUUAUACAUAAAGACAGAUAUAUUUUGUCCAUCUGCAGUGUUCCUUAACCCAAAUCAAUGGCCACAGAGGAAUCUUCUUUCUUUCUUUUUUUCUGUCUCUGAUGGUUACUUUAGUUUGGUUGAUUUUUAAGCCAUAUGGUUUCUUCAUCUCUCUAUAAAAUUUGCUUAAUAAUUCACCCCCUCCCCAUUAUCUCAGAAUUCUGCAUAAUACAAAGCUCACCAUCUCCUACUCAUCUAAGAUUUUUAGAUUUUGAGUUUGUUCCAGAUUUGUUCUUAACUGUUAGCUCACAGAACUUGCAUUUUCCUCUCAGUAGAAAUAAAUGAGCUGAGCCAAGGACAGUCCAUAAGAUCAUAGGAAAGUAGGGAUGGAAGAGAUCUCACAAGAUCAUCCAGUCCAGCCCCUGCUGGAGACAGGAUUGUCCCCAACUAAACCAUUACAGUCAAGUGUCUGUCCAAUCUUGCUCUUGAAAAUUAGUAAGGAUGGAGAUUCCACAAUUUCUCUAGGUAUCCUAUUCCAAAGUUUGACCACCAUCAUAGUAACUUCCUCCUAAUCUACAGCCUAGAUUUCCUCUGCUGGAGUUUGAGGCCACUGCUCCAAGUCCUGUCUCCUAUUGCUACAGAGGAAAGCCCUUCGCUCUUCUCCAAACUGAAUAACCCUAGUUCUUUAGCUUUUCCUCAUGAGUCUUGCUUCCCAGACCCCUAAUCAUUUUUGUGACUCUCUCCUGGACUCUUUCCAAUUUGUUCACAUCUUUCUUGAAGUGUGGGGCCCUAAACUGGGCACGGUGUUCCAGGUGAGUGCUGAAUAGAGUGCCAGCCAGUGCAUCACUCAGCAGGGGUUAGGAAGGUCUGGAAAAGGCAGCAAGGCUCACCUCUGUGUUGAAAAGCACAAUGGAGCCCAUCUUUAAAGGGACUCUUCAGAAAUGAACCUUGGCCCUGGUGCAGCAACAGGUGUUGUGAGGAAAGAAGGUCCAAACCUCCAGUACAUUGCCACAGUACUCAAGGUGGGGCCUCACCAAUGCUGAUCAGAACGGAAGAAUCACUUCCUUUGAAUUCCAAAAUGAAGUCUGUUAAUACAACCCAGUAUGCUGUUGGGUUUUUUGUGCAACAAGAACACACUGUUCACUCACAUUUCGCUUAUGGUCUACUGUAACCCCUGGGUCCUUUUCAGCAGUAUCAUAGCCUAGUCCAGGGGUUUUCAGCCUUUUUUUAAGGAGUGUACCCCUUCUAGGAAGUAGGGGAGAAGGGGCUUGCAUGCGGUGGUGGCGGUGGCAGCAACGGCGCAGAGUAGUGGCUGGCAGCAGUGGCUGGUGCAUGUAAGCUUCCCUGUGUGUGUGUGUGUGUGUCCCAUUCCCCCCCCAUCCUCCAUGUCUGUCCAGCCAGACAACACCUGUGCAGCCUGCAGAGGGGAGCUGCUGCCCUCACCCCCCACCCCUGCUCCUGGGAAGCAGUGGCAUGGGGUGGUGGGUGGUAGCACUCUGUCCCCACCCUCCUGCAUGUACCCCCUAGCCCCUUUCCAAGUACCCCCGAGGGUACAUGUACCCCUGGUUAAGAACCCCUGGCCUAGUCUAUCAUACCCCAGUCUAUAUUUGUGUAUGCAAUUAUUCCAUCCCUAGUGCAGGACUUUGCACUUGUCCUGUUGAGUUCUAAUUGACUGACUGCAGACCAUUUCUCCAGUCCAUCCAGGUCAUUCUGAAUCGUAGUUCUAUCCUCUAGUGUUUCUGCAAAUUGACCCAAUUUGGUGCCAUCUGCAGAUUUGCUAAGCAUGUACUCCAGCCUAUCAUCGAAACCAUCAAAGAGUUAAACAGUAUUGAAUCCAGUGAAGAGCCCUCCUCCCAGCUAGACAUUGAGCCAUUCAUCACUACUCAUUGAUCAUGAUGAUCUAACCAGUUAUGUACCCACCUUACAGGACUUUUGUCUAGUUUCUAUUUCCUUAGCUUGUUAAUGAGAAUGUUGUAGGAGACCAUGUCAAAAGCCCUGCCAAACCAAGGUAUAUUACAUCCACUAUUCUUCCUGCAUCUGGCCUGUCACAUUAUUAUAGAACAAAAUAAAGUUGGUCAGUCAUGACUUGCUCUUGGUGAUUUCUCUAGGUGCUUUACAAUAGAAUCCUUGAGGAACGGCUUUAUGGUCUUUUCAGGUAUCUAGGUCAGGCUGACUAAUUCUCCAGAUCCUUCUUCUUUCUCUUUUAAAGAUGGAAACUAAACUUUCCUUUUUUCAAUCAUCUGGGACCUCACCUAACCUUCACAAAUUCUUAGAGGCAACUAAUAACUGAAGUUAUCUCAACUAAUUCCUUCACUAUUCCAUUUGGAAAAUGGGAUUUUUAUACCACUGAAAGCAUCUAUAUUGUCUAAGUAAUCCCUGACUUGCUCUGCCACUACCCUAGGUGGUUUGUCUCCUUCCCUACCUUCACUGCCAACUAUGCUUAUCAUCAGAUAGCUGACCUUAUUUAUGAAAACUUAAGUAAAAGAGGCAAUAAAUAAUUUAGCUUUCUCUGCACCUUCCAUAAUUAGAUAGUCUCCUACAAAAUGCAGAAGGCAGUUACAAGUUGGGCACCACUCCAGUCUUUCUUCCCACCCUGGAGCUCAUCUUCCACAAGGUUCAGCUCCUUUGUAGUGCCCACCACGCAAUAUAAUUCCUAUUAGGUAUUAAUUAAGAAGGGAAGAUGCUUAUAGCUCACACGAAUGUUAACGUGGUACUCGGUUCUCUCUCAAUUUCUGUUCUCUUGCCUUCAGUUUGGAUAACAGUUGUUAGGCCUCCUUGCUCCACUGUCUCCAACCGUCUUGCUUCUCUUGGUGUGCUUUGCAUUUCUCCAGGAUCACUCUGGCUUUACUGCUCACUAAGCCUUCUCAGUCCCCUUUUCCUCCAUACUCUUCCACCCUCUGUUGCUUUUUUUCUUUAUAUUGGAUCCCAUCCUGGCUCCUGCAGGGACCUCCUCUUCACCCCUUUGCUAGUCCUCCCUGGUCCUCCGGGUUAACUGAACAAAACCAAGCCGCCUCAGCUCUCACAACAAAAAGAAAAUACAUUUCCCUUCCCCAAGGUAACUAUGUCUUUUUAAGCCCUGUGCUCAGGCUUUAGUGUCCCUCUCUCUUAAGGCUGUAAUUCUUCCCCACCUUCUACCAGACUACUACCUUCAGGGUAAUUCCUUACAUUUCUUUCUGUUACAAUCCUAGAGCUGCUGCAUCAUUUUCUUUCAAAGGCUCCUUGGUACCAUAAACUUACUGUCUUUAAAGGUAUCCAUUCUACUAUUGGAAGUUCAUACCUGUAAUUCCAGUACAGUAAUCACUUUUGUACUCUGGCCAAGAUUUAACUGUAAUUUCUUUCAAGUGACCCAGUGAAUUGUCUUUUUCUGUUUCUAUUUUUAUUUGCUGCAGUUUCAUAUCUGAUAAAGGAAGUAACUUGACAAUUAAGUUUAUAUAAGCUUGAACCUCUGUCUCAAAGGUCUUUUCUGAUUCCAUAGCUGGAUGUACAGCUCUAGAGAAUACAUCAGCAAUAAAUAUAAAUUACUUACUGUAAAAAUUGAAUCAUCCUUUUGCAGCUUGAGCAUCAUUCUUUGAAUCCUCAAAAUGCAGUCAUUUCAGUGGCUUGUUAAAUAAUGUUAUCAGAGGUUUGUGGUCUGUUUCCACAUACAGAGUCUGUCCACAAAUAUAUUGGUAAAAUCUCUCACAGGCAAAUAAUAUAAUGUAUCAUUAUAUAAACAAUAUUCUCCUUCUCAAGCUGUGCAUAUCUGGCUUCUGUUUUGGCAAAUGACUAAAUGCAAAGGCCAUUGGUUGCCAACUGUCAGUAUAUUUUUGCAAAAUCAGUGCACCAGCACCUAAGAGGGAUACAACCAACAAUUUUUUAAUAGGUUUUCUAGGUGUAUAGAAUUUAAAUAGUGCCUUUUGCAUCAGCUUUUUCUUCAAAGCAGGCCAUAAUUAUUCUUGUUCUAAUCUAGCUUAAUUCAUUUUCUUUCUUGAGGAGUAUCCUCGCUGGUGUUGUUUUUGCUAAUGAUUUAGGUCUGAAUUUACCCACAUCAUUUAAUAUUCCAAGAAACCACUGCACUUUCUUUUACUGGAGAUGUGGUAUCAUUUCAAUGGCUUUAAUACUUGUGUGGUCAGGUUUCACUCCUUCAGUACAGAUGAAAUCCUCUAUAAAAAUCAGUUCUGUGAUGCCCAGCAUGCACUUCACUCUAUUCAAUUUCAAAUUGACAGCUCUAGUAGCUUCCAACAGCCUCCCCGAGCCUGUGAUCAUGUUUUUCUUUGGUGGAGCUUUGGUUGAUAUAAUCCAUAGAGAUGUCCACAUCAGGAAUAUACUCAUAAAUCAUGUGUAUGGUUUUAUGGAGCACAAGCAGCGCGAAAAGGUAGACACACAAAUCUGUACCUUCCAAAGGGAGUACUAGAUGUACAUAAUUUAGAGUUUUCCUCUGUGUGAUUCAACUGCCAAAAACCUAAGGAGGCAUCCGGUUCACUGAAUUAUGUAUUUGCAGAUUGAGCCAAAAUCCCUUCCCUAUUUGGCAAUUUAAAAUGUUAGAAUUUGAUAGCCUUGUUGAGGUUUCUCAGAUCCAGGCACACGCAUAACUGUCAGUUAUUUUUCUCCAUAAUAUCUACAGGGUGUACCCACUGUGAAGGUUCUGGAUUUUCUGUGUCCCUUGUACCACUUGUAAGUUUCCCAUUCUUGCUAACUCCACCUUCAGUCUACCGCGGAGAGCAAAAGAACAGUUUUCUGCACACCUGACUAAUGGGUGGCACUUGCUUAUUUAUCUGAAUUGUAUAUUCACCUGGGAAGCAACCUAGCCCUUCAAAUAAAAUCUUGACAUGUCUCA